AUGGUCGUUCAUCCAGUUGUAACGUGGGCUCAGCGCUCGAGCGAAACCGAACCCGAGAAAAACAUAUUGUUUAUCACCAUUGAGGCGCAAGAUCCACAAGAUUCUAAGAUAGAUCUCACCGUCAAUGCACUCAAGUUUACUGCCAAAACCGCUGAUGGCAGCGACACGUAUGAAUUAGACUUGGAAUUAUUCGACAAGAUCGAACCAGAGAAGUCCCACUGGAAUGAAGCUGGUAAUCACAUUUCCUUCAUAAUUCGAAAAGCUGAGCCAAGGGCCGAAUACUGGCCACGAUUGUUGAAAGAAAAAUUAAAGCUUCACUACAUCAAGACUGAUUUUGACAAAUGGGUUGACGAAGACGAGCAGGAUGAGCAGGCUGAUGAUGGAAACAUGGAUAUGGCCAACAUGAUGGGAGGCCAAGGAGGACCUGGAGGGGCGGGAGAUUUGGACUUCUCGCAACUUUUGGCCGGUGCUGGAGCUGGUGGAGCUGGCGGUCCAGAUCUCAGCGCAUUAGCCAGUCAAUUGGGCUCGGCUGAUCCAUCUGAAUUGCUGAGAGAAGUCUCCGAGGAGCAACAGGAGGAUGAAGAUCAAAAGUAG